AUGUCACAAACUAUUUCGGCGGCCAGUAGAUUGCUCAAACGCGAACACCUGAAGGGUAGUCUUGACACGGAAGUGGCAUUGGCGAAGAAAACACUACAGAAACACCCUCAACUAUGGGAAAUCAUUCGCCACGCCUGUCAGACGCGCUCGUUCUCUCACAUAGCUGACCUCGAACUAUUUCAAAUACCCCAAGCUAGCGAUCCCGUGCAGUCGUCUCAAGACUUUCUUUACGAUUCAUUCGUCAGACCUUACGUCGGCAAGGCCGUGGACGGUUUCUACGAGUACCUGAAAAAAAGCAACAUGAAGUUCAGGGGUGGUGGCAUGCAUAGGCCAUACUAUGCUAAGUUCUGUUCAAUCGUCCAAAGUUCUGGAACGGGAAAAUCAAGACUAAUGAUCGAGCUCCGGAACAAAGGUGUUAUUGUCUCGUAUAUGAACCUCCGUGAUCCAAGUGAUCUGGGCUACCCUACGCGGGACCUAGUGCCCACGCGUAUAUUGACGGAAAAUACAGGUUGCACUCCAGCCGAGUAUACCGCUCAUUGUUGCGCCUUUUCUACGGCCAUAUUUCAGACGCUUCAACAGGUUCUGAACAACCCUAAUAUCAAAAUGCCAACACCCGAAGAGAAAACCGAUGUGGCGACCGCCGCAAAGUUAAGGAGUACGUCACUCGCAGAUAGGAAGAUCAGGUCGGCAAAAUUGAGAGGCGAGUCAUUCGUCACGACAUCUUAUGACAAUAUGCCACGGGUUCUGCAACAUUUAUUUACAGAGGAAGGCAAUGUUUCGAACGAUGAUCUAAAACUUGUAAUAGCAUUUGACGAGGCUCACACUUUGAGCAACAUAAGUGGAAAGGGUUUUCUUCCAUCAGAUAUAAUUGGCAGGGCGAUCAACUGCUACUCCCAGAAGAGCGACGCGUCGGUCUGGGUCGUUUUUGUAUCUACGACUUUGCAAGUAGCAGUUCCAUCAGAUAUAAUUGGCAGGGCGAUCAACUGCUACUCCCAGAAGAGCGACGCGUCGGUCUGGGUCGUUUUUGUAUCUACGACUUUGCAAGUAGCAGAUUUUUCGGCACCUCAGGAGAUCCAUGAUUCUAUGCGCCUAGCGGUAUACGGCGACCUUGUCUACACGUCUUGGUUCGAUCACAUCGUUGGAUUCGGACAUCCACUGUCUGUCUCUAUGUUUCUAUCUUUGUUUGCAAUUUCGUUGACCGCCAUGAAUAGAUGGAAGUCCCUCGCGGAAAGACUUCCUGUCAUUGAUAUUUUGCGAUUGGCUGCCCAGAAACUCUGCAAAUCUACCAUAUUUAACCCGGGGGAUAAGAAUCAAGCUCUUGCUGUCCUGUCCCAGAGAUUCGGUCUCAACUUUUGUCUUGGUCACCCCGAUGCUACGUCUCAUCUCUCAAAAGCAGUGGUUAGUCACCUGCGCAUGCUAUUCUUAACGACCAAAGAUAGGAUGUGGAACUUCACCGCAUCAGAGCCCCUUCUGUCUUGCGUUGCAGCAAUUAUCCUCCAUAGAAUGCCUUACGAUCUGAGUGACGCUUUGAGGGUCUUGAACAGCAAGGUUGAUGGUGGGAUGGUCGAGAUAGAACAGAGCGGAGAUUUUGCCAGCAGGCUGUUGCUACUUCUCGCCAAGGAUCUCUUUGUCCGCAAGGACCCGCCCCAGAGGCUUGAUCCGGCAUCUACACUAUAACGGAAGUGGGGAUGCGGAACUAAUAGACUGCCGGAAGGUCUCCGUCAUCGAUUUCCUGGAGUACCUAUUUGGCCAGACUUUCUGGUCAAGGACAGUCGAGGAGGCCAAGGCAGCUUUUCAGCAUGCUUACAUACAACAAUUUCUCGC